AUGUCAGAGAACGCGCGCCCGCCCGACCCGCCGACGUCCCCCAACGUCGUCACCAACAAAGCGCCGGCUCUCAAGCCGGUCACCAAAAAAGCGCCGGCUCUCAAGCCGGUCACCGGCGCAGCGGAGGAGCCCGCCCCGGCGGGCGACGCCGAUUGGGCCGCCUCGGCGGCCAAGGAGUUUCCAGCGGAGGAGCCCGUCCCGGCGGGCAUCGCCGACUGGACCACCCCGUCGAACCCGCGCCGCAAGAAGCGCCGCAAGAAGGGGCGCAAGGGCGCGUCCGCCCCGAUCGUCCGCACCAAGAGCACCCCGGUCGGCGGCAGCAACGGGUUCGGAUGCCUGCUCGGAACGGACGGCAACGAGGGCAUCCUCGGUGGCACCGGCAAGGGCGCGACGGUCGACGUCGAGACGACCACGAUCAUCACGCCCGAGGGCUCUGCCGCCGGCCGGUUCUCGUGGCCAAAGUCCUACAACUUGCUCCGCCUCUUUGGCAUGCUCGCGCUGCUCUGCCUCGGAGCCGGGUUUGCGCACUCCUCGUGCUCUGCCACCGCCGCGCUUCUCUCCUCGCAGCGGAACGACUCCCCGUGGCCGACAUCGCCUCUCGCGACCGUCGCAAAGCCGCUCACGCCGGCAUCGCCCAACGGCUUCUGCGAGGUUGGCGGCAACGACACCAGCUCGUUUGCAACCAUCGCGUCGACGGACAGCGCGCCCGCCAACCACCCGGGCGGACGCGACGAGGGGCGCUCGUGGGAAGCACUGAUAAACGAGAUUGGCGAGGCGGUGGGCGAGCCGUUGCACCUAAUUGGCGAGCCGCUGGCGUCCGUCAAGGAAAUUUACGAGAAGCAGCCGGCCGAGGCCGACUUGGAGACCGUCCCGGCCUCGCGCAACAGCAUGGAGCGCAAGGGCGAGCCUGAGAUCGACCUCGUCGGUUCCGUCUACAGCAACAGGACGGGGAUCAUCGCUCGGGGACGCGACAUCGUCUGGCCCGUGAACGACACGUCGCCCGAGUUGCGGCCCGCCGACGCUGGGAAGCCUGGGAUGUUGGAGGUGCGGAAGCUGGUCGAGACUGGCCUCGGCGCGCCCGUCGCUAGCAUGCACGCCGGUGGCGAGUGGCGGGCGAACGACGGAUUGACGGACGCUUCUCGAGUCCCAACCAAGGAUCUCUUCCUCCAGCGUUGCCAGGCCAUCGAACCUCUUCUCGCGGCCACGCUAGAGGAGCCGGCGUGGCCUGCAGAGGUCAGCACCGUCGCCGACUCGAACGCGGUCGAGUCAGACAUCUUCUCGGUCCCAAGUGUGUGCGCCGACUGGCAGCCGCACUGCGCCGCCCUUGCGUGGCACGUGGAGCCUCGCCACGCGCUCCGCCACGCGCUCACCGACGAGCGCUCCAAGACCGACAAGCCUCCCACGGGCCCACCGGCCGACGAGCGCUCCAUCGAGCUGCCCUCCCCGUUCCACUUUCCCUUCACGAGCGGAACCUCCUCUUCCGCGCCUGGCCGCGCCCGGCAGCGCGGUCAGCUUUGGGCUGCCUUGUUCUUGCUGCUCGGAGCGUGCUGGUGCGGCGUGCUGCUCUCGAACGGCGGCGUCGUCUACGCGUGGAGCAGCGGUGCGGUCUCGAUCAUCGGCUCGGCCGUGACGAGCUGCUCGGCUGGCUAUUCCGGCGGCGUGGUCUACGCGUAUGACAGCGGUGCGGUCUCGCUAACCGGCUCGACCGUGUCGGGCUGCUCUGCUAAUAACGGCGGCGUCGUCUACGCGUAUAACAGCGGUGCGGUCUCGAUAAUCAGCUCAAAUCUGACGAGCUGCUCUGCUUCUUAUAACGGCGGCGGCGUCUACGCGAUUGGCAGCGGUGCGGUCUCGAUAAGCGGCUCGACCGUGUCGGGCUGCUCGGCUACUGACGGCGGCGUCGUCUACGCGAUUGGCAGCGGUGCGGUCUCGAUCAUCGGCUCGGCCGUGACGGGCUGCUCGGCUGGCUCUGACGGCGGCGUCGUCUACGCGAAUGAUAACAGCGGUGCGGUCUCGAUAAUCGGCACGACCGUGACGAGCUGCUCUGCUUCAUAUUAUAACGGCGGCGUCGUCUUCGCACAGUACAGCGGUGUGGUCUCGAUAAUCGGCUCGAACGUAUCGGGCUGCUCGGCUGGCUUUUACGGCGGCGUCGUCUACGCGUCUAACAGCGAGCCCCUCUCCAUCGCGGGUAUCGACUUCAUCGACAACAGAGCGGACGGGUCAGGCUCGGUGCUGUUCCUUUCAAACACGCCCUCCUCGAUCAGCGACGCCUCCUUCACCGGCAACACCGCUGGCGACGACAACGACGGUGCCACGAUAGAGACAGUCAACUCGCCGAUAAACUGGGACUGCCGCUUGGGCAGCUGGAUGCCGCGCAAGGGCUCCUUUUUUGGCGACUUCAGCGUCGGCUUCCAGCCCAAGUUCAAGAUUUUGGUCAGCUUCUACCAGAUCGCCGCGACGCUCGGCCCCGUCUACGGCGUCCGCCUCCACGAGGACUUCACGCGCUGGACCGACUUCAUGGACGCGAUCAGCCUCGACCUAAUCGGCCUCACCUAUCCGGAUGCCUGCAUCGGCUCGAUGGGAGACCGGCUCCUGCUCGCAGGCUUGUGGCCGAUCCUAUCUAUCAUGCUCGGAGGCGCCGCCCUCGCCUGCUGCGCCCUCGCGGAGUGGCUUCUGUCUGGUCGCGCCGACGCCCUCCGGCGCGACCUUGUGCGCGCUACGCUGCGUCGCCUCCUCUACUGGGCCAUCCUCGUUGCCUACCUCGUGCUGCCCUCGGUCUCCCGCUCCAUAUUCAAGGCGCGGCAGUGCGAGUCGUUUAAUGUCGACGACUUGACCGGGGACAGGCGCAGCUACCUCGUGGCCGACCUCGACGUGCUCUGCAGCGCCGCCGACGACGAGUACAGCGGCCUCGACGCGUACUUCUGGGCCUUCUUCGUCCUGUGGCCGGUGCUCGUGCCUCUAGCCUUCCUGGCGCUCCUGCUUUCGAUCCGCUCCGAGGUGCGGGCGCAGCGAGUCAGGGCAACGGCCCGAGCCAGCCGCUUCCUCUGGCGCGACUACGACCCGCGCUUCCUCUUCUGGGAGGUCGUCGAUCUGGGCCGCAAGCUCUUCCUCGCUUCACUGGUGCUCUUCAUUCAGACAGACGACGGCUCGAGCAAGCUGCUCCGCCUCUUCGUCGCCUCUGUUGUCUCGGCCCUCUACCUCGCCGCCCUCGCCCUCGCCCGGCCCUUCAGGCGUGACGACGACCUCUACCUCGCGUGCACCGCCAAUCUGUUGCUCUCCUGCUGCUUCAUCUCCGGCAUGGUGAUUCAGCUGUGCGAGAGCGCCGCCUACGAGGACAUGUGCAAGGCCCUCGUCGGCUUCGAGAGCGCGCGCGGCGCGAGUGAGUUUGUGAUCGCGCUCACCGCCGCAAUGCUGGCCGCGUCGCUGCUCGUCGUCCUCUUCAAGACUAUCAGCGCCGUCCGCAUGCCCACCAUCCGCCUCUCCUCCUCCGGCCGCCAUCCGGUCCUCGAGCUGUCCCCCGAGUGCCACUUCCACGGCUUCAUCUCGCACUGCUGGGGGACCGGCCAGGACCAGACGCACACCGUCGUGCGGCAGCUCCAGCUUCUUCUCCCCGGCGUCCGGAUCUGGCUCGACGUCGACAACCUCGAGGACGUGGGCAGGCUCGAGGAGUCGGUCAGAGACGCGACGACCUUUCUCGUCUUCCUCAGCGCGGGCUACUUCAAGAGCUUCAACUGUCGCCGCGAGCUUUACGCGGCGCUAGGCUCGAACCGGCCCUUCAUCCCGAUCCAGGAGGCUGACGUCGACAAGGGCGGCGCCUCGAUCGAGGCGCUGAAGGCAGAGUGCCGCGAGCACUGCGUCGAGACCGCCCCGCCGGCCUACCCCUCAUACAGCGGGCCUAGCGAGAUGCUCGCGCGCGUGUUUGAGGCGACGCCGCCGAUCGUGUGGGUGCGGGUGAACGCCUUUCAGCUCGAGUCGCUCAAGGCUGUCGCGCUUCGCAUGCUGCUGCACUCUCCUUACUACGCGAGCCGCCCGGCCGAGCUCGCCGACGGCGUGAUGGUGCCCGGCCAGGCGGGCCCCGUUGCCUUCAGCGGCCCCGUCACCAUCCUCGUGUGCCGCGACAACGAGGGCGCCGUCGGCAUUGCAAGGGAGCUCAAGACGGCGGCGAGGGAGGGGCGCGGCUCUACCGCCAGCGCCGAGACGGUAACGAUCCGCGAUGCGGAGGAGGCGCUCGAGGGAGUCAACGCGGCCCCGCUCUCCGGGCACGUAGUGUUUCUGCUCUACCUGAACGAUAAGACCUUCCUGGACGCCGGCGGCGCCGUCGCGCGCCUCGUGCAAGCGGCGAUGGACCGGCGCAUCGCGAUCGCCAUGGUCCACGAGCAGGACCCUACCUGCGGCGGCGUUCCGUUCCGCAACUUUUUCCAGCAGACGCCGCAGGUGCUGCUGCAGCAGCCGUACAAGCUCUUCGACACGGUGGCGGUGCCGCUCUACCCGGCUCCGGAGCACCGCUCGGUGAGCUUGCGCCUCGUGCUGAGCAGCAUGGGAGCGGUGCCAUGCGAUGCGGGGCCGCUCCAGCGGCGGUGGCAGCUCCUCCGCCGCCGCAUAGCGGUGGCGCGCCUCGUGCGGGGGCACCCCGCCGAGCCGCGCCAGCAGCCUGUGGUACAGCCGUAG